CUGGCAGCCAUGUGCCUGACUCUCCAAUAAUUAGUUUUGAAUUAGAUACUUCUAGGUGGAAAAAUCUCUCCACCUCCUACCCGUACUUCAAGGCCUUGCUUCCCCUUCCCUGAGGCUUCCUUCGCCUCAGUCCAGCCAUCUCUCAGGAUGACCCUUUCCCUCAGCACCUACUUCACUGUGCUUCUAAAAUAGCUAGUUGAUAACACAUCUUUCCCACUAGAUCCUGCAGGGACAAGUUAGGCCUCCAGUGCUUAUCUGAGUAUGAAAAUCACAGCCUAGACCAGUGCCCAGUACACACAAUUGGACAUGUAGAUGUUGGGGGAAUCGAAUGUGGCUGACUUAGAUCGAAAAAAGCUUCUCUCCCACCUCCAGACAAAGUCCCAGUUGAAUUAGGUGGAUCCAGCUGGCACAAUCAGGUGGCAUGCUAUCCCAAGUAGGAGGUGAAUUUUGGGGAAAGGUGUAUAGGAUCCAGCCUGGUGGCUUAGGGGUGCUAACUUUUAUUUCAGGAUUAGUGGAGAUACAAUGACCUCCCAAGAAAACUGAGACAGUGAAUGGGGGAAACUCUGAAUUUCACUCCUGUGUUCUAUCCCCAAACUACUCAAACUCCCUCUCCCACUAAUAACCUCCUCCCCUCAGCUGGGUCCCGCCUCUUUAUACAGCCUUAUGGUCCUUAAACCAGCCGGUGCUGCACUGGCCCCUCAUUUCCCACACUCCCAGGCCAGUUCCACUCCUUCCCCUCCUUCUUGUGCUCCUCCCCUUUCCGGGCGCCUCGUGCCCUGGGUCGAGCGGGCGGGAUCGGAUGCCGAAGGGGCGGGUCCGGGUUCUACCCCCUGCCCGCUACCACCACUCUGGGGUCUGCGAGAUAUAAGGCGCAAGGCAAGCAGGGACUCGGUCCACAUCAGGGUCCGGAGGAGCGAUGGUCACCCGGGAUCGAGCAGAGAAUAGGGAUGGCCCCAAGAUGCUGAAGCCGCUUGUGGAGAAGCGGCGCCGGGACCGCAUCAACCGCAGCCUGGAAGAGCUGAGGCUGCUGCUGCUGGAGCGGACCCGGGACCAGAACCUCCGGAACCCGAAGCUGGAGAAAGCAGAGAUACUGGAGUUCGCCGUGGGCUACUUGAGGGAGCGAAGCCGGGUGGAGCCCCCGGGGGUUCCCCGGUCCCCAGCCCAGGACGCCGAGGCGCUCGCCAGCUGCUACCUGUCCGGCUUCCGCGAGUGCCUGCUUCGCCUGGCGGCCUUCGCGCACGACGCUAGCCCAGCCGCCCGCGCCCAGCUCUUCUCCGCGCUGCACGGCUACCUGCGCCCCAAGCUGCCCCGGCCGGAACCGGUAGAUCCGAGGCCCCAAGCGCCGCGCCCACCGCUGGACCCCGCCGCCCCGGCGCCUGGCCCUGCGCUGCACCAGCGCCCCCCAGUGCACCAGGGCCCCCCUAGCCCGCGCUGCGCAUGGUCCCCGUCCCCCUGCUCCCCCCGCGCCGGGGAUUCCGGCGCACCGGCCCCUCUCACUGGACUACUGCCGCCGUCUCACAGACAAGACGGGGCGCCCAAGGCCCCGCCGCUCCCGCCGCCCGCUUUCUGGAGACCUUGGCCCUGAGCUUUGGGGGCGGAUGGGGGUAGGGGCUGGGGGAGGGAGGUAGAGACUCCAGCCCGAGGGCAGCAGAGGGACCCGGGCGUCGGGGUGAGGAGGUGUUGGGGAGGGCGGCGGGGCGCGCGGGCGCAGCGCGCGGGUGAGAUGUGGUCUAUAUUAGAGUAUCUAUAUAAAUAUAUAUUUCCCUGGUUCCUGUCCCUUCUCCCUGCCCACCUUGUGUCUAGGAUUGUACCCUCUGCUCCCGGCCCAGCCCCAGUCCCUUCCCGAGUCCCUAGUGCAUGGAAUAAAGUGGUUAUUAAAUCCCGGUGUGUCCCCGAGCCAGGGGCCUGCCUUUAUCUCGGCGUCCACGCCCACUUUCCCUCACCUUCUGUCUUCCGCCCCCCAGUCCUGCUCUCCUUCGCCCAAGCUCCGGGGCAGACAGGUAAGUAAAGAAGAGAGCAGAGCGGAGGCUGAGGUCGGGACUGCAACUAGAUGGAAAACAGAUAGGGUAGGGGGAGAAUGGAUGGGAACCUUUGAGAAAAAGCCAGAUAAAGAGGAAAGGAUAAAAGAAAAGGAAAUAAAACCGACUCUGGUGGGAUUCGAACCCACAACCUUUGAAUCGCUCUUUCGUCACUAGAAGUCCAAUGCGCUAUCCAUUGCGCCACAGAGCCACCUGGUGGGCAGUGGCGUCUGACGGCUUACGGGUACUAGAAUGGGAAAGGGGCGGGGGGAGGGGAGGGAUGAGAGGGAAUUGGGCGGGGCGUGACAGGCGCGCGUGGUUUGGACUUCAGAGGCCUGCCUGGGAGAGGUAGCGUGUGCAAAGCUCGAGAACCAGGUGGGAGUGCGGGCAUGCAAGGGUGGAAGAAACAGGGAGAGAGCAACUGAAUAUGAAUGAGCGAGCGAGUACAGAGCUCCGGCUGCCCGCUUGGGGGAUGCUUCCAGUCCAGGCUCACCCCACUCCCAGAUGUGGCCCCACCCAUCAAAAUAAACUUGUUUUGUUUGCAAAUUUCUGAGUGUCUGUUUCC